AUGAUUAUCAUGAUUAUGGAAAGUAAUGUAAAUUCAAACGAAAAUAUUUAUUAUGGAAUGCAACCAACGGAGUAUCAAAAUUUGAAUCAAGCAGCAUCAAAUAUGAUUCGUGGUGUCACCCCAUUUCACCAAACAGCUCCUUACCCUUAUUCAUAUCAUCAUGUGAAUCAAAUUCCUACUCAAAUAACAACGGGUAAAAACCAAGAACAUCAACCAUUGAGUCAGUCUGAACAGCAGAUGAACUAUUCAGCGGCUACUGAGCACUUGUAUGUAAAUCCUAACACUGCUCAAUUAAAUACAUAUAUAAACUCAAAUCGUUCAAAUGCUUAUCGAUAUAGCAAUAAUGAAAAACGAAGCCCAAGAACUAUGAAUAAUGAAGAUUCCUCUAUAGCAGAAAAUAAAUGUCCUAAAAAUCAUCACAAUACUGAUUUAAAUGAUUAUGAAGCUAUAUAUCAGCAGAACAACAACAGCUCGAAUACUCAUGGCCGAAGGUAUUCAGGGAAGCAGACCAGUAACGCACCAUAUGCUUCAUACUCGUCUCAUGGUCAGCAAUCAAAUCAGCAAGUAGAUAGUCAAAGCAAUGUUCAACAAGUUUUGCAGACUCAGAACCCAUCGGUAAUAAAUAUGAACGUAUUGAAAUAUGCAACAACACAUGAUCUACCGCCAUUUAUUUUGAAAUUUGAAGAAGAAGAAAAGCUUACCCGCAAUCGUCUUCCCGGUGCUAUGCACAUAAAAUCCUUCAUCCAAAGCGAUUUAUGGAAAGCAGGGGUGAAGUAUUUUACCCCUAGUCAGUUAUCACUGGUGCUACGUAACGUUCCACAAACCAUAUCAAAAGAGGUGGCUGAACAAGAUGUCAAAUAUUCAAUCAAAACAGCAAUAAAUUUUAGGAAACUGAUUUUUGUACAGAAUACGGUGCAUCGUUGUUCGAAUGUGGAAAAAUGCGCUCAAUAUAUGGGAAAUCAUUUGUCAACAGCUCCGUCAUGUGAAGUAAACCAAAAUCACCGACAAAACUUGAAUGAAGCGGUUAAAAAGGCUAUUGAAGAUGGAAGAAUUCAAGCAACAGUCGUAAAUAACCAUUCGGUACCUGUUCCAAGAGAUAACUUAAAUGAAUUCCCUCGGUUAAACAGCACAAGACAAGCCCCAUGGAUGAACAAGAACAAUAAUCAGCAACACGAUAUUACGAAUAAUAAUACAACAAGGACAAUAAAUAAUAGUUUAGAAAUGAAAGACAGAAAUGCAAGAAUUCUCGACGAAAUGAGGAAAUUAAAUGAAAGUACAGAUUUAAAACUGAACUAA